AGUGGGGCUUAUCGCAGUGAAGGAACUCUACAUUUAUUUUCCAGAGGCAGUCCGAAAGCAAGUCCCCUCUACAACUUUUAUUAUAUUUUAUAUUAAUAACUUAUCCCUUGUAUCUAACAUAACACGUUUUCUUUAGAUCCAUCCUAACUAAUGUAUUAUACGUUCGUAUCCUUCGUAUGUGAUACGUACCUGCGACGAGUUUUCUGGAUCUUUUCUGGAUCAACUUGAGCUAGGACCCCUAAAAAGAUCAACGGGAUCGUCACUCCCGACUAAAAGAGUUACAGAGUUCCAUAUCGUCGCUUAGGCCCAAAGUUUCAUAGACACUUGAGAUAGUCUCUUCGUCGCGUCGCCAACUAUAUCUAACCAAUCGCAUUUGGAAAUGCAGCUUCCGAGGCCUCUAUCACAUUAACGGACCGCGCUGUGAUAUCCGUAUAGCUCAUAUAUCUCCCGCUUGCGCUGAACUUCCCCUGUGCCCAAGCGCGGGUAUGUCCGUGUGGGCGAAGAUGCGAGGAUUCUUCCUUAGCGAUGAGGAGAUGGGAAAGAAGGAUGACGACCAUAAGCCCUUUAAGAAUGGCGCUGGCUUGCGACAGCCUAAUUGGCAUCCUGCUAGAGUCCCUCCGCGCCGGUCGCUUAAACGUAUAGCUAUAGUGCUUGUUGUAGCUGCCGUCAUUUAUCUCUUCAUCAAGAAUAUACCCAUCCUCGGUCCUAAUAUACAGAUGCGCCGUCCUAGCUACACUUACCUGGACCUUGAUUCCACACACGAUGCUGCCGCUCCUAGGGGCCCUUCUUACGACCGGCCUAAGCCUCCCCCUGCCAGACCGCAUACCCGUCCACCGAACACGCCUGAGCGCAAGUACAAUGGACCUGUUAAGUUCCUAGGACUGGCGCAGACGUUACAAGGCAUCGGUGCCACGAGAGGGGCCAUGGUGAUCAAUAGGAAUGUUCUAUUUGCGACCUCGAGCCUUAAGAGCGCGGCGACGCUGCUACCGAUUGCCUGCCAGAUGGGAACCCAGCUCCAGAAUUAUGUUCACUUUGCCCUGAUGAGCCGAAGCGAUAUAACCUUACAAGACUUGCGGGAAAUCAACGGCAUAGACGAGUCAUGUCACAUUAUAUAUCACGAUGCGCGCCCCGACGAUGCUCAAAUAUCGACCGAGGAUAGAAUGGAAACUGCCGUAUUUCGAGCACUACAUCACAUUUUUCAGUACAUGCAUCCUCAAGCUAUUUUCGUGGACGGCUCUAGCAAUGAAGAAGCGUUUUUUCUGCGAGGAGUGCAUCAGCAUGUAGAUGCUAAGAAGAACACUCUAAUCGAGCUCCCGCAUGGAUCAGGAAAGAGACUUCAAUGGCUAACGAAACUCGACAGCCAGGCGUUACGCAUAUGGAAUAAAAUCCAUAUUGAUAUCCUCAUUCGUGCGGUUCCAGGGACUUCGGGGGGUCUAAUAAGACUUCUUAGAUCGCUCAGUGCUGCAGACUAUACUUCGAGUCCAAUUCCUCAUCUCACUAUCGAACUUCCUCAUGACAUCGAUUUCGCAACUAAGCACUUUCUCGAAAACUUCGCCUGGCCACCCGCCCAUAUACCCAAUCCAACUAACGCGCGAUAUCUUUCUCUUCGUCACCGCCUGCCUCGUCAAAGGAUGAGCGAAGAGGAGAGUUCUGCCCGUUUUCUUGAAUCGUUCUGGCCGGCCCAGCCAGAAUUCUCGCACGUCUUAGUACUUUCUCCGCAAGCUGAACUAUCUCCUGAUUUCUUCCAUUACCUUAAAUACACUUUAUUGGAAUAUAGAUACUCAUCUAUUUCCGCACAUCAACACUGGGAUCGCCGACUUUUCGGCAUCAGUCUCGAACAACCGCUCCAGCUAUUAGACGGGAAAGGUUCAUUUUCUCCGCCUUCAAUAACAAAACAAGCCGAGCCUGGUGAAGCUCCUCAGGAUGAAAUCUCGACAUCUUUCUUGUGGCAAGCACCUAGCAGCAAUGCCGUUCUUUUCCUAGGAGAUAAAUGGGUGGAAUUGCAUGAUUUCGCCUCUAGGUCUUUGGAAGUUAAGCAGGGAUCAGACCCUGUACCAGCGCUCUUGUCAGAAAAGGUCGUGAGCACACAACACCCGUCUUGGCUGGAACAUGCCUUAAGGCUAGCGCGAGCACGUGGCUAUUGGAUGCUGUACCCUGGUGUUGAUAUCGCUAGGAACUUGGCCACAGUCCAUAUAGAGCUCAGGCAUAUACCGGAGGAGUAUGACAGCCAAGAAAACUCAAAGCCGCUCUUAGCGGACGACGCAAGCGAGGAAGAGAUCGAGAAGGUUAGGCAGAAGAUUCGGGCAGGACCAGAGAUUACCCUUGCCUCGGCGUCUUUGCUCGAUAGCCUUCCCGACAAGGGAAACUUACGCCCAUUCAGUACUCUACCCAUCGUGGCGUGGGACGGUCAGGAGACGAAUUUUGAAGAACUUUAUUCCCUCGCCACAAAGUACUCGGCAGAAUUCAGAGAGAAAGUGGGCAACUGCGGAGCGGAAUCCGAAGAGAAGUUGAAAGAGAAGGAACGUUUUUCAGCACAGGAUCUAUUCUGCAAAACAGAAUAAACGUCACUAUUGCCGCGACCAAAGGGAUAUCCGAAUAGUCUUGAGGGGUUUUGAAGAGGCUUUGAUAUAUACCGUUAGCAUCGACGUCUGGAAGGCUAGUUAUUUGUAAGCAGUUGGAAUUAUUGAAACUGCGGGACCUGGCAUUUAAUAGUGGUGUUUGGCGUACUUGGCCCGGGAUACGGGAUGACUAUAUAACUCAUAUAGGGGUAGGUGUCAACAAAUUUAUGGAAGCAGAAUCAUGUAUAUAUACGUAACUCCAGAAACCAAAAAUGAAACAUACCUGCAGCCGGAGUCGAGAAGAAGCGUGCUUAC